AUGGAGUCUCACUAUCAGACGAGUUCCCGGGGAUGCUCCGGUGCAUCCUUCCUUUUCCUUCUUGUUUGCUACACUUUUCUUGCUUCCCUCGCAUCCGCUGAACUACACGUCCAUGAAUUCGUUAUCAAGGCAACGCCAGUGGAGAGGCUAUGCAAAACUCACAAGACCAUCACCGUGAAUGGUCAGUUCCCUAGUCCAACGCUCGAGGUGAGAGAUGGCGACUCGCUAGCCAUCACAGUCAUCAACAAAGCUCGUUACAAUAUUAGCAUCCAUUGGCAUGGACUCCGGCAACUUCGAAACCCGUGGGCCGAUGGACCAGAGUACAUAACUCAGUGUCCGAUCCAACCGGGACAAAACUACACAUACAGAAUCAAGAUCGAAGACCAAGAAGGUACGCUUUGGUGGCAUGCUCAUAGCCAUUGGCUUCGAGCCACCGUCUAUGGAGCUCUCAUUGUUUACCCUCGUCUCGGUAGUCCUUAUCCUUUCCCUAUGCCCAACCGUGACAUCCCAAUUAUCCUCGGGGAAUGGUGGGAUAGAAACCCUAUGGAUGUUCUGAGGUUAGCCCAAUUCACCGGAGCAGGACCAAACGUCUCCGACGCUUACACCAUCAACGGCCAACCGGGCGAUCUAUACCGCUGCUCCCGACCUGAGACCAAACGGUUUCCUAUUUCCCCCGGUGAGACUGUUCAGCUCCGUCUCAUCAACGCCGCUAUGAACCAAGAACUCUUCUUCGCCAUCGCCAACCACCAGCUCACGGUCGUGGAGGUAGAUUCCGCGUACACUAAGCCUUUCACCUCAAGCGUCGUCAUGAUCAGUCCAGGCCAGACCUUCAACGUCCUUAUUACUGCUAGCCAAGACCCCGGCCACUAUUACAUCGCGGCAAGGGCCUACAAUAGUGGAAAUGUUGCCUUCGAUAACACCACCACAACCGCUAUUUUAGAAUAUACUAACGCUCCUCGUGGACACAGUAAGAUCGCAAAGGUUUAUCCUGUCUUGCCAGGGUUCAAUGAUACUGCUACGACAACUACAUUCAUUAACCGCUUGCGGUACUGGAGCUUUAAUCAGAACGCACCGGCUUUCCCGGUCUUGCCAAGGUUCAAUGAUACUGCUACCGCAACUGCAUUCGUUAACCGUUUGCGGUACUGGAAGAUAGCUCCAGUACCGCUCCAAAUCGACGAAAAUCUGUUUUUUACGGUUGGGUUAGGGCUGAUAAACUGCACCAACCCGAACAGUCCGAGAUGCCAGGGACCAAACGGAACACGGUUGGCUGCAAGCAUGAACAACGUCUCAUUUGUCCUUCCUCGGAGUAACUCUGUCAUGCAAGCCUAUUACCAAGGAAUCCCCGGGAUCAUAACCGCAAAUUUCCCGCCAGUUCCUCCGGUUCAAUUUGAUUACACAGGAAACGUAAGCCGUGGGCUUUGGCAACCUGUGAAAGCCACAAAGGCCUACAAGCUUAAGUACAAUGCCAAUGUGCAGAUUGUAUUGCAAGACACGAGCAUUGUUACGCCUGAGAACCAUCCUAUGCAUCUACAUGGGUACCAGUUCUAUGUCGUCGGGUCGGGUUUCGGGAAUUUUGACCCGAAUAAAGAUCCGGCUAGUUUCAAUCUCUUUGACCCGCCGGAAAGGAAUACCAUCGGAUCCCCUCCCGGUGGAUGGGUGGCCAUCCGGUUCGUUGCUGAUAAUCCAGGAGCUUGGUUUAUGCACUGUCACAUUGACACGCAUCUAGGAUGGGGUCUGGCGAUGGUUUUCCUAGUCGAGAAUGGAACAGGACAGCUCCAGUCUGUGCAGCCUCCACCGUUGGAUCUCCCAAGAUGCUAA